ACAGAAGAGUAUCCGAAGUGGCAUAUUUACUUGGCUCUCCCGUAGUCCCGUGGUUGAAGAUAUUUAUAAUAGUCAAAGCAGGCAUGCAAACUGAAUAAUUGAUGCUUUGCUUUUUAUGUAUAAAGCAGACCACCCAAGCAGUAAAAACUGUAAAGAGGUGAGAAGAAUGGGGAUAGCUGAAAAAGCCCAUAACGUGAAGAUAGUUGGAUCAGGUGAGAAGACCGUGGUGUUAGGCCACGGCUUUGGCACCGAUCAGUCUGUGUGGAAACAUCUUGUUCCUCACUUGCUUGAUGAUUACAAAGUCUUGCUCUUUGAUAAUAUGGGAGCCGGAACCACAAAUCCUGAGUAUUUUAGUUUUGAGCGGUACGCGAAUCUCGAAGGUUACACUCAUGAUCUUCUUGCCAUUUUAGAAGAAUUUGAGAUUCAGUGUUGCAUAUUUGUUGGCCAUUCCUUGUCCUCUAUGGUUGGUUUAUACGCUUCCAUCCUUCGUCCUGAUCUCUUCUCUAAAGUCGUCACGCUUUCCGCUUCACCCAGGUUUCUGAACACUGGUGAUUACUUUGGAGGAUUUGAACUAGAAGAAAUUGAUCAACUUUGCAAUGCCAUAGAAUCCAAUUACAAGUCAUGGGCGUGUGGAUUUGCGCCAUUAGUAGUUGGUGGCGACAUGGAUUCAGUGGCGGUCCAGGAGUUCAGCAGGACUUUGUUCAAUAUGAGACCGGACAUAGCAUUAAGCGUGUUCCGCACUAUUUUUACCAAUGACUUGAGAGAGCUCCUAGGCCAAGUCACAGUCCCUUGCCAUAUAAUUCAAAGCUCCAAGGACUUGGCUGUGCCAGUUUCUGUUUCCGAGUUCCUUCACCACAACAUUGGCGGAAAGUCUGUGGUGGAGAUCAUUGCCACUGAGGGUCACUUACCGCAGUUGAGCUCCCCGGAGAUCACUAUUCCCGUCAUUCUCCGCCACAUCCAACAUGAUAUCAAUCAGUGAAUUCUUAAUCACACCUACAUCUUAUGUACCAUCAAUAUUUUGUAUACAUUUGUUUCUCACUUAUCAAAGCCAACCUAGAUUUCGUCUCUGAUCAACCCAACCCCGAAUAGUUUCUGAAAGAUGUAAAAUGUUUCUUAGGUCCCUGAGUGGCCUUAAUAAGUUACGCAAAAUUUUCCAGCCCAGA